AUGAGUUUCACCGCCAGAUGCUUAGUUCUCCUCGCUCCCUUGCAGGUUCUGAUUAUCCUCUUUCGUCCCCUUGACCUGCACCUUCGUAUCAAGUAUUACCAGAAUCUGCGACGCCAAACAGCCCGUGAGAAGGAGUGGCGAGGUCCGCGUGUCUCGGCUGAGCAACAGCGCCGACGUCGGCGCGCCGUUAAGGCCGAAGCCUCGGAGGCUGCUGCUUGCAUUAAAGCUCAAGCCAUGGCUCGAGCUCAGGCAGCUCAAGCGAGGGCUGCAAAAAAAGCGCUGAAGGCACAAAAGGCACAACAGAGGAGGGUUAUUUAUCGGUGGGUCUAUGAUCUUUAA